AUGUCAAAUGAUGAUAAUGUGUCGCCGUACGGCCUCACCUUCACACAAAUCGAAGCAUCACUAGGACAAAAAGUUAUCGUGCAUUUGAAAAAUGGUGAAAUAAUCGAUGAUGGGUUUCUUUACAAUGUAGAUCCGGUAACUUUGACCGUCUUGUUACUAAAGGAGGGAUCAGGUGAAGGAGAAAAUGUGUAUAAGGAUUCUCCGCCUAGAAAAUUCAAGAUCAUUGCGAUUAUGCAGUCAAUUAUGGAAUCCCUUGAAGAACAUGAACAAAACCAAACUAAAGUAAAAACAGGAGGCGCCCAAGACUCAAUCCCAAAAGAGAAAUUAGACUCGCUAGUAACCACACGAAUUCACGAUUUCGUCAAUACCUCUGAGAGGAUGAAAGCGCGUAAACGUGAUGUAAUUUCUUUUUUCGAAGCGAAUCGAAUACAAGUGAUCCACACUCCAGAAGAUCCAAUAAUUCACGUAAUGGAUCGAGCACAUAUCAGCCCCCCUUAUGUGCCUGAUUCGAUUUUAUGCGAUAAUGAGAUCAUGUUGAAACGUGUCAAAGAUUUGAUUCUAAGGAUCCCACUUGUUUAUUGA